CGGAGGUCUCCACGUCAAGGGCUCUUCCUUAGUGAACAGUGGAUUUAGUCUUGACCUGGAACUAUUCAUUUACAGCCAAGAGAUGGUUUUCUCCAUCCUUUGGGCUCUCUGACAUUUUGUUUCUACCUCUGACAUGACACAUACCUUAUUCCAUCUCACGAGACAGUGAUUUCUGUCACUGUCAGCACCAUCACUAGACUAAGGACUCUGAGGGCAGCGAUGGGUCGUCAUUCAGCUCUGUCUGUCCUGACAAAGAACAGGUGACUACUCAAUUGGGUUGAAUGGAAAUGCCAGGAUAACGAAGUCUGUGUAGAUUCCGGGUUACCACGAGACACAUCCUUCUUCCCUUGAAGCAAGGUUCUUGACGCAUGAAGAUGAAACUCCAUCAACCAGGAGAGACCACGAGAGAUACUUGCAUAAGUGAUAUCAGAGAUUGUAGUGUUAGAGUUGGGGAUGGGGGUCUUGGUGAAGAUCAGAACACUUGAAGCAAGACUCACAGGAAGAAAGGAGUGAGGACAGAAAGGAUAAAGAAAAGAAGUACAGUCUGUGUGCAUGUGUAGGUGGUGGGAGCAGGGAGAGAGGAGAGUGAUGAAGUAGGAAGACAUUGUACUUUAUUUAGUGACACUGAAAUGCUCCGAGAUGCUGCUCUGACUCCUUCUAUCCCACAUCUCUACAGCACCCAGGAGGCCUGGCUCCCUCUUUUCACUCUUCAUUCUUCCUUUUCAAAGCAGAGGCAGGUAGCAAUGUGGGACUGCGGGUGAGCAGGUGGAUCAGAGUGGUUGAGCUGAAGGUGGAUAGAGGUCUUGAUCCCAUCAUCCUAAUGGCCCUCAUUUGCCCUGAUUCAUGCACUACUGUAUUCCUGGCCUUUGGAAGCUUCAUGUAGUCACCUUCAGGCCCACGGCAGCUGCCGAACCAGGCAGGGCUUUACAAGUACACAAGGAAUUCCCUGUGGAUGUCUGGGAAACACCCACAGGCUUAGAUUAUAUACUUUAUCUGUAACAUAGAUGAAUUCAUUGCCAGCUUUAUCCAAUUCCAUUUUUAUACUGGAAGAACAUUCUUUAUCUGGGUCUUCUACACUUGAUUCUUCCUGAUUUCUUUCUCCUUUUCUGUUAUUGGCCCAAGGGAGCACACUGAAAUCUUGAUUUCUUUUGCAUUCUUUGGGACAGAUGGACCACACCCCUUUCCUGUAUUCAGCCCUGAUAAGAUGGGUCUUUGUGUGUGGCGUGGCCCCUAGGGGGCCAGCAGUUUCUCUCUCUGUGGUCACAUUCUAUAUUUGUUCUGGAGAUGACAGGGUAGAAAGAAAAUGGAUUUUAGAGUCAGAUGAACCUCAGUCCAAAUCUUGGCACUGCCACUUAACAGCUGUGUGGCCUUGAGAUUAUCACUGAACCCUGUUCUGUCCUCUGAAUCUCAUUGCCUCAGGGGAAUAAUCACACCCUGCUCAGGGUUAUGGUAGGGUUAGAUGGAUCUGUAUAACGCGGCUUGCCUAGUGCCUGACACAUAGUAAAUGUUCGCUGUGCAGAAGCUACACUUCUGCUGGGGCCUUCUGCACACUGGACAGAAGCUGGACACUUUCGUUAUGCCCAAGGAAAUAUACAGGGCACUAAAGUUCACUCUGCCUAGCAGAAGGAGGCCUGCAGUGGGACAUGGAAUCCUGGCUUCCUCCCCUUCUUGGGGCCAGGCCUGUGGUGACCCUAGAAAGACUGACAUGAAGUCUCUAGCUUCUGGAGGUGCUAACCACCAAGAGCAUGAUGGUUCUCAUCUACAAGCCCCUUCUAGCAGGUGUGAAGGUUCUAUCUUUCUUGUUGGGUUUGCAAUUCUCCCCCAAGCCUCAGUCACUGCCUUUGGUAUACCACUUCCCUCUAGGGUUCAGCCCACUUCUUCUCUCCUACACCUCCCUCAGCUUUCCUCCGUGAUGACACUGCUGAGGAAAAGAAAGCUGUGCAGAGGUCCUCAGCCAGCUAGCUUCAGUUUCCUUAUUGGCAUCAUGACAUCAUCUGUACCCUGGAAAUUCCACUCUCCCCCAUCUCUGUCCCAGGCCUCAGAGUUCCUAUAAAGAAGGGCUCCCAACUCAGUAGCAACACAGAGCACAGAAGGGUUCUGAAGCUUCUGGGUUCUGCAGUCCGAGCUCCAGGCAAGUCUCUCCUCAGCCAAGACCAUGAAGCUCUGCAUGGCUGUCCUCUCCUUCCUCGUGCUCUCAGCUGCUUUCUGCUCUCCGGCUCUCUCAGCACCAAUGGGCUCAGACCCUCCCACUGCCUGCUGCUUCUCUUACACCCUGCGGAAGCUUCCUCGCCACUUUGUGAUCGAUUAUUACGAGACCAGCAGUCUCUGCUCCCAGCCAGCUGUGGUAUUCCAAACCAAAAGGGGCAGGCAGGUGUGCGCCAACCCCAGUGAUCCCUGGGUCCAGGAGUACAUGGAUGACCUUGAACUGAACUGAGCUGCUCUGAGGGCGGGGCAAGUGUUCUGCAGGAAAGAUCACCUGAGCCCGACGCUUCUCAGCAAGACGCACCCUCUCCACACUCAUGACCCCUCCCGGUCGUCCCUGUUCCUUCUCUUAAUUUAAUCUUUAUUACGUACUAUGUUAUUAUUGUAUUUGGUGUUGUUUCCCACUAUUUAUGUUUGUUUUGCCGAAGGACAUGUGUCCCCCAUGGGGAUGGUCCACCAUCACUGUUUCUCUGCUAUUGCAGAUACAUGGAUAAUGCAAU